AUGUUAGGGUUAAAAGAAAGGAUAUCAUAUAAUGGAAGGUACGACGGAAAAGAUACAUAUAAUAGUAGAAAGAGGAAUAAAAAUAAAAACAAAAAUUAUAAUAGAAGUUCAUUAAAUAAAGUGAAAUUCUAUACAGAAAUUAUAGAUUAUAAUAAUGGAAUGUUUGAUGGAAAACAUUUUCAUUUUGAAAAAAAAUGGAUUGAAAAAAAAGAUCACGAUGAUUUUCUCGAAAAAAACAGAAGAAUUUGUGAUAUAACUUUAAAAAAAAUAAAAUUUAGAAAAUACAGAUUUGGAGUUUUUUUCUUGGUAGGUGUAGGCAUUCCACUAUUACCAGGAUUAACAUUUUUGAAUAAUAUUAAAUGGACGGAGAUUAAAAAUAAUACAGUAGGGAAUUUUUUCUAUGAUGCUAUAGAAAAGAUGACAAAUAUUAUGGAUACCUAUUCUUAUGUAGUAUAUUUUAGCAUACUUAUUGUAAUAUUAUCUGUUAUGCUUAUAAUAGGGAUUUAUAUAAUCUUAAGGAAUAAUGAAAAAUAUAGAAAAAAUUAA